AUGACUGUAGCUACUGGUGACCCCUCUGACGAGGCGGCAGCGCACCCGGGGAACCCGGCAGAGUACGACCCUGACGCUGACCAUGAGUGCUGCGAGAGAGUGGUCAUCAACAUCUCUGGACUACGUUUCGAGACGCAGCUUAAAACCCUCUCUCAGUUCCCCGAUACUCUGCUGGGGGACCCCAAAAAGAGGAUGCGCUACUUCGACCCACUGAGGAACGAGUAUUUCUUCGACCGGAGCCGAACCAGCUUUGAUGCCAUUCUCUAUUUUUACCAGUCAGGAGGGAGGCUACGGCGGCCGGCCAAUGUGACCCUCGAUAUUUUCUCAGAGGAGAUCCGUUUCUAUGAGUUGGGGGAUGAGGCCAUUGAGCUGUUCAGAGAGGAUGAGGGUUUCGUCAAGGAGGAAGAGAGGCCACUUCCUGACAAUGAGUUUCAGAGACAAGUGUGGCUGCUAUUUGAGUACCCAGAGAGCUCGGGUCCCGCUAGGAUUAUCGCUAUCAUCUCCGUCAUGGUCAUCCUCAUCUCUAUCGUAAGCUUCUGCCUGGAAACCCUGCCCAUCUUCCGCAACGACGACGACGAACCGCGCAGUGUCUUUGACACCAACACCAACACCACAAUCUACUUCACGUCCACCUACUUCACUGACCCAUUCUUCAUCCUGGAGACGCUCUGCAUCAUCUGGUUCUCCUUUGAGUUCCUGGUGCGCCUCUUCGCCUGCCCCAGCAAAUCUGGCUUUUUUGGUAACGUCAUGAACAUCAUUGACGUUGUUGCCAUCAUCCCCUACUUCAUCACCCUGGCCACAGAGCUGGCUGAGAAACCAGAGGAUGGCCAGGCGGGUCAGCAAGCCAUGUCCCUGGCUAUUCUCAGGGUCAUCCGUCUAGUGCGAGUCUUCCGAAUCUUCAAGCUCUCGCGACACUCCAAGGGGCUUCAGAUCCUGGGCCAGACCCUGAAAGCUAGUAUGAGGGAGCUCGGUCUGCUGAUCUUCUUCCUCUUUAUUGGAGUCAUACUUUUCUCCAGUGCUGUCUACUUUGCGGAAGCUGAUGAGCCCGAAUCGCAGUUUGAAAGCAUCCCAGACGCCUUCUGGUGGGCUGUUGUCUCCAUGACGACAGUAGGGUAUGGUGACAUGGUCCCAACCACUAUUGGUGGCAAGAUUGUGGGCUCCCUCUGCGCCAUUGCAGGUGUGCUGACAAUUGCCUUGCCCGUGCCUGUCAUUGUUUCCAACUUCAACUACUUCUACCACCGUGAGACGGAGGGCGAGGAGCAGGCCCAGUGCCUAGGCCCAGUCACCAAAGAGGACUCGAAUGAAGAGCUGAAAAAGAGCCGGAGCGGAUCAACCAUCAGUAAAUCAGACUACAUGGAGAUCCAGGAAGGGGUGAACAACAGUAUUGAGGACAUCCCUGAAGAGAACCUCAAGACUCAGGCCAACUGCACAACGCUGGCCAACACAAACUAUGUCAACAUCACCAAAAUGCUCACAGACGUGUAG